AUGCUGUUUCUGAGCGUUUCAUUGCUGUUAUGGCUGUGCCAAACCGCGCUGGCGCAAUAUUCCAGCGAUGACCUCAUGUCAUUCGUUACGCUCCCCGAUGUUCGGGCAGUGAAAUUCAAUGUCCAGAACAAAAACCGCGAGCGACUUAGCCCCGGUUACUGGUUCGUCGCUCCUUAUCUACACAUGGGCCCCGAUCCACCUUCGACCUUGUACGAGCAAUAUCAGAUCGGUCCCCAUAUCUACGAUGGAGAAGGACGCCUCAUCUGGACUGGCUCCCAACAAUUCGACAACCGGAACGUCUUCGAUUUCAAGGUCGUCAACAGUCUAGGCCCUGACCCACAACUUUCGAUGGUCUUGCAACCCUCGUGGGAUUCGAAAGUAGACACCGGGUAUGGACUGAUCUUGACCAAGGAUUAUCAAGUCGAACGAAAGAUUCCUCUGCGGGCGGACCUCGGCAUUUUUGACAUCCACGAGUUCAACAUCCUAGACGACGGUAAAACUGCGCUGGUCACGAUCUACCUUUCUCAUGAGAUUACCCUAGAGGAAUUUGGUCGCCCGAAAGAGUCGACUUGGCUUGAGACCGGCGGGUAUGCUGAAAUCGAUGUCAACACUGCCGAGAUUGUCCAGUCGUGGGACUCUUUUAAUCGCGUUCCUAUGCCCGAGACUGUUCAUUACACCCCCUAUUCUCCGGCAGAGGGACUUCCUGGCUGGGAUUAUCUGCAUAUCAACUCAGUUGACAAGAAUGAAAUUGGAGACUACUUGAUCUCCGCACGGUUUACAAACACUAUCUACCUCAUCUCCUGCAUGGAUGGAAACAUCAUGUGGCGAUUGGGUGGAAAGUAUAGUGAUUUCAAGCAAGAUUUCACCUUUUCGAAGCAGCACGACGCGAAAUUCAUAGAAUCGAACGGAACGCACCAUGUUAUCUCGUUUUUGAACAACGCCUCAGACGAGGAGUUCAAUGAGGAAAAUAUGUCAUCAGUUCUAUUUGUCGAGCUGGAUACCAGCGUAAAGCCUAUGACCGCCAAAGUCAUCCGGCGCUAUAACCGUCCCGAUCAUCAGCUCUCGAGACUCCGGGGCAAUGCCCAGCUGCUUCCAAAUAACAAUGUGUUCACCUGCUGGAGCAAAGAGGGCUAUAUUUCCGAACAUGGCGCCGAUGGAGAGGUAUUGAUGACCGCCAACUUCACCUCCUCGCGCUACUCAUCCUACCGCGGGUACAAAUUCGAAUUCACCGGUCGCCCCACGGCCCCGCCAGACAUGGUGGCGUCUGUCUACGGCACCGAUGAGACCAACAUGGUGACCACGUUCUGGGUCAGCUGGAACGGCGCAACUGAUGUCGCAGAAUGGAAUUUCUACGCGCAAGCCUCCGAAUUCGAGGCCCCUGUCUUUAUUGGCAAGACCCCCGAUCCGAUUUCGAAACUAUGUACAUGGCCCGCGGAUAUCUGGACUGGAUCCGAAAUGCACCGAAGCAAGUUCCCCGACUGGAAGUCUGUCGGAUACAGAGGGAAGUCAAGCACACCCAUUCCGGUUGACCCAUCGAUUGUCUACCAAGCAAACGGUAGUGCAGCAGGAGACAAUACGGUUGUUGAAUCUGACCAUGCGUCAUCGGAUGCAGCCGAUACCCAAACACAGAAGACCAUCCAGGUCCUCAAGCAUACAUACGAUGCUAUCCGCAAUAUUAGCGGUAUAUUCUCUUUCGUUUUGCUUCUUUGUCUGUUUGCUGGCGUUAUGGCUAGCUAUCUGGUCAUCCGUGGCUGGCGGGUCCGUUUCUACCAGCGUGUCCGCACGGAAGAUGGGUUCCCAGGCGAGCGGGCACAUCUCGCAUCGUCGCAUGAGGAUUAA